AUCUGUCAGUAUCUCACAGGAUGUGAGGAGAAGUUUCCAGAGACACAUUUUUCUUCUGUGAACGAGAUUUACUGUGAGCUGUCUCAAGAAAGAUGUCCUUGCUUUUUAGGAGACCCACACUAACCAGGUUGCUGCUGCUGAAGAACAUUAAGCAAAAUCAGAGGUCAACCAUCUGCAGCAAGCCACCCAAGGAAAAGAUUGGGCCAGUGCAGUCUACCUUUGCCUUAUGCGUGUUUGCUGUGACUCUCCUGGCCCCGGCUGGUUGGAUCAUGCAUCAUAUCCCAGAAUAUCGAAGACAAGGCCAGAAUACCUCAACAUGAUUGAUUUCUACAGGAACUCUGCAGACAGACACCCAAGCAAUGUCACUGUGUGAACCUCUCUCCACUGUGUAAAAUCUUGUG